CGCCGCACAGCAAACAUUACCGCGUCCUGUGUGCAAAAGCCAUUAGACCUGCAGCCGAAGAGAGAGUGUAGCGUAGUUAAUUAUGUUUUAAAUUCAUUUUUUUAUUAUUACUUUAACGAAAAGAGCUGAAUAUACAGAGAUUUGUUAAUUAUUAAGAUGGGCAAAAAUAAAAAAACUCGUAAGGUAGUCAUGCAAAGAUUUGCUCAGAUGAAGAAGAUGAUCAGUUUGAGUGAUUCACGAAUAAAACCAGAGAAACGUCUACCAUCUAAGAAAACUCCAAAAGAAGACAAGUCUAAAAUAAAAAUCACAGAGGUGCCACAACAAUCGUCAGCUCUGUUUUUCCAAUACAACACACAGCUUGGUCCACCAUAUCAUAUCUUAAUUGAUACAAAUUUUGUCAAUUUUUCCAUCAAAAACAAAUUGGACAUUAUACAAAACAUGAUGGAGUGUCUUUAUGCAAAGUGUAUACCGUACAUAACAGAUUGUGUAAUGGGGGAAUUGGAGAAGCUUGGACAAAAAUAUAAGUUAGCAUUGAAGAUUAUCAAGGAUCCACGAUUUGAACGAUUAUGCUGUAUGCAUAAAGGAACAUAUGCAGAUGAUUGUCUUGUGAAUAGAGUUACACAACACAAAUGUUACAUUAUCGCAACGAAUGACAGAGAUCUGAAGCGGAGGAUACGAAAAAUACCAGGUGUGCCAAUUAUGUAUGUGUCUCAGCACAGGUAUACGAUAGAACGUAUGCCGGACGCCUACGGUGCACCCAAGAAGUAGACCUAAUUUAGAAUCAUUUUUUUUAUAUUGUUAAUAUUUACAGAAAAUGUGUUGUUUUUGUAAAUAAACCUUUAUAUAAUAUCAA